AUGGCGACGAGUUGUCUCCGUCGGAAUCCGAAGUCCUUCACUUUCCAUUCGCUUGGCUUCGACUCGUCCUUCGCAGGUGCUGCUUGGCUAGUGGAGUCGGGUCCCAGAGAUGGCGGACUGAAGGGGGACGAGGUGGGUGUCAUCAGCCCAUAUGCCGCACAGGUGGCAGACAUUCGCAAUGCUCUGCCGGCUCAAGCCAGAGACGCCGUGCAGGUGUCCUCAGUGGACGCCUUCCAGGGAUGUCAGAAGGAUGUCAUCAUCCUGAGCCUCGUGCGAGCCAAUCCGCGUGGCGAUGUGGGCUUUGUCUCUGACUGGAGACGUUUGAACGUGGCCCUCACCCGCUCUCGGAAGCUCUGCGUGAUCUUGGCCAACUUACCCACUUGGCUCACCGCUGAAAGCGCCCUGUUGAGGGAUUGGAUUGGCUUCCAUCCUGCCAUUGCAGCAGAGGUGAAAUCCUUCCAGCGCCAGGGCACACGUGCAAGCCUUGCACCGUUGCCCCCGGAGAUCACGGAGCAGGUGACCGUGCUCCGCGACGAGUUUGCACGGAAUCGUCCUGCAGCGGCCAAAUUACCUCGUGUCUCCGUGGCGGCCAAAGGAGGGGGCACCGAUUCAGCUACCAGCAAACGAAAAGCCUUGGAAGCGGCGCGGGCUUUGUCAGAGGCGAUCAGCCAGUUGAACGAGGAAGCACUGGAAACCGCCCUUCUGAAGGCCAGUGAUGCUGGGAUCAUGAACAGCACCGUGGAGGAAGCGGAGGACACCCUGAGGCGCUUGGUGUCUUUGAGAGAACUGAAGGUGGCUGCAAGCGGUGACGAUGACUCAGUCUUGCAGGCAGCAAUCUUUUUGGCCAAGCAAGCUGACGUUAGUGAAGCGGAAAUUGCAGAGGCAGAAGACAGCUUCAACCAACGCCUGAAGGCACAUGCUGCUGACAUCAGGGGCCAUUGGCACGAUAGGCCCUCCUUGCCUCGACCCAGGGUGACAGCCAUGGCGCUAGCCGUGACUGGCACAGCAGUCACAGUGGCGCAGGUGGGGCGAAGGCGAAGAGAAAGACCUGUGAUGUUGCGGGCAUCCACCAGCAGGAGUCGAUUUCUGCGUUCUGCUGGUCUGGUGGCUGGUGCUGGUGCUUCAGCGGCAGACGCUGAGGUUCAGGUGGUGCAAGGCAUUCGGAGAAAGAAGUUGGGCUUUAGCGACAUCUACGUCUCCGAGAUGGGCCUCGGAAGCCAGCGAUGGGGAAGCGCAGAUUUUAAUGCGCCAGACGAAGCCUUGUGUCACCAGAUGAUGGAUCGAGCCAUCUUGGAGGGUGGUGUCAAUUUGGUCGAUACAGCUGAACAGUACCCCAUCCCAUCAGACGCCUUGAAACCAGAAGGUUUGACAGAAGAGAUCAUUGGCAAGUGGGUUGCCAAAGACAAGACGAGGAGAGAUAAGAUCGUCGUCGCAACCAAAAUCACUGGCGGAUUGAAUGUCAAUGCUCAAAAUAUUCGAGAAGAUUUGGAAGGGUCUCUAAAGAGAUUGCAAAUGGACCAUGUGGACCUAUACUUGACGCACUGGUCCUUUCGGAUGUCGCAACCCCAGCAGAACUGGGGCCAGUCGCUGCAAUAUCGACAGACCCUGGAGAAGAUCGCUCGCCGCGAGGGACAAGCAACCUUUGAGGAAGUGGUAGGAGCCAUGGAUAAAUUGGUGAAACAAGGCAAGAUCCGCGGCUGGGGCUGCUGCAACGAGAGCCCCUAUGGCGCCACGAGACUGGUGGCGACUGCCAAGGCGAUGGGAGCCACGCCGCCCUGUGUCUUUCAGAACGACUAUUCCAUCCUGAACCGCAGAUGCGAAGAGAAUGGGCUUUUUGAAAUGUGCUCGCCCUUCAAUGAGGAUGUUGGCUUUAUGGCCUACAAUGUGCUGGCUGGUGGUAUGCUUACGGGCAAGUAUUUAGAUGCUCCUGCUGCCCCGGAUGAACCGAAUCCCAUGCAGAGUUUUGCGCGCACAGCCAGUCCUCGAGGGCGAAUGGAUGACAUCUCCUGGGGUCCCACUUUGUACCGCUACCGCAGUGCAGCGGCCAGCGAAGCCCUUCAGCGCUAUGCGGAGUUGGCCAAGAAAGCGGGGCUGUCCUUGACAGAGCUCUCCUUAAGGUGGGCCAAGGAGCGGUCAGGGAUGACCACAGCACUGGUGGGGCACACCUCGAUGGCGCAGCUGGAGGAAGACUUGAAAGCCAUGAAUUUCACGCAGGAGCCUCUUUCCGACGAUCUGAUGUGGGAGAUCGACCGCGUUCACAUGCGAAAUCGGCUUCCCAUCUUCUCCUCCGAGCGAACGGAAUCGUCGUCGCCCUACAGUGGCGAGAUUGGCGCCGCCUUGGCCGAAAGGUUGCAGGAAGAACGACAGGAUCGAGCCUUGGCCAUGCUGAAAGCCGCGGCCAAGGGCCAAAACAUCUCCGCCCUGAAGCAAGCCAUCGAAGAAGCGCGUGCUGCAGAAAUUGCAGCUGGAGAGCUUCAGGCUGCCGAAGAGACACUCACAGCCUUGCUGCAAGAGGAGGAGAUACGAAGGAUGUUGCAGCAAACCCGAUCUGCCCCAGCUGUGGCCCCCGCGGCCCCCGCGGCCCCUGUGGCCCCCGCGGCCCCCGUGGCUCCCGUGCUCCCCGCAGCCACGCCCAGCGGCGCGGUGAAGCGGGAAGCGCCAGAGCCGCCGAAGGCGGAGGAGUUGCCAACAGGCAAAUCACUUCCGAACGUCCCCGGGCUCAAGCGAAUGCAACUGCGAGUGCUUGACAAAGUGGGUUGUGGUAUGAUCCUGCAACCCACAAGAUGGGGCAUGGUGGUGGAGGAAGUGGACGAGAAACCUGGACAGCCACUGCUGCAGGUAGGCGACUGCAUUCAGGAGGUGGACAAGCUGUCGCUGAUUGGCCUUCCACCAGAUGUAUGCGAGGAUACCUUCGGAGCGUCUUUCCGCCACGGGGCGUGGCUCAUGGCUCUGUCGGGUCAGGAGGCUGGUGUGGACCUGAAUGACCUGGACGCUGCGGAAUUCGCCUACGACAGGUUUUUCUCCAAACAUGCCAUGCUGCAGGCGCAGGAUGAAGCCUCCCUGAGAUCGUCUAUCCAGGAGGCCCGCGCGGCCGGCGUGGAGGCUGGAGACCUGGCUGAAGCUGAAGCGAGACUGAGGACUCUCACGGCAGAACGUGAGUUGGCAGAUGCCGGAAACCAUGGUUGUUCCAACAAAGAGUCGGUCCCUUGGACGCUGGGCCCGGCUGCGAUGAUGCCAUGUCUGGCCCUGCGACGUCGUCGAAAGCUGCUCUUCUCCAUGAUUUGGAGAAGAAACGCCAGGUGGGGCCAGGCCCUGGCUCCAAGCCUUUCUGAGCCUGGUGGAGAUUUGUCCGCUGCACCAGAAAAGCGCUGUGCUCCAGCCUUGCAGGAGCGAGAAAAGCUGCGCCAGAGCAAUGCCAAGGAGGCUGCCGAGGAGACUCAUAAACACAGUGCAGCCCUGCGCAUUCAGAGCUUUGUCCGGAGCGUCUUGGCACGGAGCCGUUGGGCAGAGCUCGAGUGGAAGAGCAUCCAGAAACAGGUGCAAGACCUUCAGACCCUUGCGAAGAUUGUGCAGAUGAAAGGCCAGCCAUUCUUGGCACCAGGAAAGGUGCUCUUGACCCUGAUGCGCAGAUCGCAUUGGCAGGUGUCGAAGCACUUGGCCUUGCGAAGCGCUGAUGAUCUGGCUGAGGUGCUGUGCGCCUUGUCGGGCUUCGUUUUGGAUGCCUUGCGCGUGUCACACCGCGAUGUUCAUCGAAGUAUUUGCUAUUUGAUGACAGAUGGUAUGGAGAAGUCUGCGCAUUCACCAGCGGCGGCCUGGACGCUGUACCGUUUCUGCGCCGCUCUGCUGCAACUGGCCACGACGGGGCGCGGCGAAGCGCCCGCGGCCAAAAGCUUGACGCAGCUGCUGGAUGUGGCUGCCUGGGGAGAUGGAUCCGCUCAAGACAUCCCAGCCAUCAGCGCCUUUGCCUCGUUUCUCCUGCAGCGCUUGGCGGAUCCGCAACGGCUUCACAGUUGGCGGGUCUGUGCCAGCGGCUGCGCCUGGGGCCGCGGUGAUGCCCCAGAGAAGCUACAGCAACUGGUGGCAGUGCAAGUGGCUCUGCUUCGCCUUGGUUUUCUUUCGCAGGACCGUGGAAACGCAGUGCGCGGCGUGGUCGCUGCAGCCUUGCAGGCUGCACUGGCAGUGCCACGGGCGGCUGGGCCCUUGGGGAGACAGUUUGCUGUGCUGCCGCGGAAGGAGAAAGUGGCCGAGGAUUUGGUGUGGUCAGAUGUGCUGGCACAGCUACCACAGAAGUAUCAAGAGAGCGGACAGCAUCGACAAGGUUCUGCGAAGGCUUUGGAGCAAGAGUAUGCCAUGGCAUAUGCUGCAGGAAACCUCCUGGAGCUUCACGCUGAGCUGCAGCUCCCUUUGCCAGCGCUUCUGCCACUCCUGGCGCUGCUCGUGGAACGGGCUGUAGAGGUCUCCAUGCUGCCUGGUUCAGCCAGUAGCGGCGAUGAGCCUGUGGCUUUGCAGGAACUGAGACGACAGCUGAAGGCCAUGGCCGAGCCUGUUGCCGUGGUGAGGAUGUGGAGCGACAUCUUGUGCCUGCGCUUCCGGCCCAAGGAAAACCUCGCCGUGCCUUUGCGUGGCUACCAACGUCACUGCUUAGCAGUGGUGAGCCACAAAGUUUGCCCCAAGGCCGUCAGCUCCCUGGCCCAGCUCUACAGCGUGCUGCUGAGCAAGGCACGAGCCGCGGCUAAGGCUGGUUCCAACCACCAGGUUUUCCAGGGCAUUGCAAAUGCCAUUGCCUACAUGGAGGGUGGUGAUGUGCCCAAGGCGCUGUGGAGGCACAUUGAAAGCGUCAUCACGGACAUGGACCCGUCACAGCUGAAGGCCGAAGAGUUGCACCUUCUGCACCUGCAGGCGCUGCUGGUGUCGCAGACCCUGGGCGUCCUGUCCUCAGAGGAACUGCAGGGCGCCACAGCACCGCUGUGUCGCCAUGACAUGCCCAGCUACGUGGCCAAGGUGAGCGCAUUGGCUUCCACCAUUGCUUGGACUUCCUCUGGAUCACAGAUUCGAGAAGAACUUCUGGAGACUGCAGGCCGUGUGCUUGCUCAGCUGUACCGCAUUUGUGAUCGGAAGUGGGUCCCAGUGCAGAACUGGCACGCUCCGGAGCCCAUCUUAGAUGGCUUCAAGGCGGCCAUGAAGGAGUUGACCGAACACAUACAGCUUCGCAGCCCCGAGCCUCGCACCCUGCCACUGACAGCGGAACGUUUGCUGCGACACGUGCCACAGGCCAUCCCUUUUGAGCAGCGUGUCGCCUUACUCCGUGCAAGGGUGCAAGUGGCCAAGGAGGGCAAGGCUGUUGCUGUCAUCGGCGGAGGCAUUGCUGGCGUCGUUGCUGCCCAGACGUUGUCGGCACAGCAUGAGGUGGUCCUCUUCGACUUCGGAUCCCGCGGUUUGGGCGGUCGCUGUGGACACCGUGAGGAUCCAAAGGACGGGCGGCGCUUCGACCACGGGGCGCAGUUCCUAAGCGUUGGCGCCACGGAUUCGGACAGGUGGAAGGAACUCAUAUCUUCCUGGCUCUCCGAGGGCCUUGUACAGCUCUGGACACCAAGACUCCGCGAAGUCGGGGAGGCUCCCAGCAUCAAACCUCUGGAUGAAGAUGCCACCGAGUCCUUCUUUGACGUGGCCUCUGCCACGGAACUCUAUGUGAGCCCUGGAGGGAUGCGAAACCUUUGCGAGGGUAUCGCGGGCAAAGGCAGUUUUCAGAGUGUGAGGGGCUGUCGCGUGCGUCGUCUGAGCCGGGGAGCCAGUGGUCACUGGAUGUUGUAUGAAUCCUGGAAAUGUGGCACAUCACGAGGCGUCAGAGGCUUGGAGGCACAUGUGCCAGAGCUGCUAGGGGUCCUGAGGGAAACGGAGAUGGCGCCCCUCUUUUCUCUCAUGGUUUCCUUUGACCCCGGUGCCACGGAGAAAGUGGAUCUGGAUGCGGCGGUGAUUCGGAGUCCGGUGCUGCAGUGGAUUUGCCGCAUGACCUCAAAGCCAGGGCCAUCGUUGAAGCAGGACUGCUGGGUUUGUGUGAGCACCCGCGAAUUUGCUGAAGCGUGCCUGAAAGACGAGCCUAUGUCGGUUGAAGGGGCAAAAGGAAGAAUUUACAAGCCGCAACGGAAAGACUAUCUCUCCGCAGAUCCAGCCGACCUGAUGUUGACUUCCUUUUUGGACCUCCUUCAACUUGGAGCCCUGACACCCAUCACCAAGCAGUGCCAACGUUGGGGCGCUGCCUACGUCCAUCGCAGCCCCAGGGCUUCUAAGUUUUCGCAGGGGCCCUGCUUGGUCCAGGCCUCUCCGGCCAUCGCCGUGUGCGGUGACUUCCUUUCGGCUGCGCCGCGGGGUGGCAUGGCCUCUGUGCAUUCCGCGGCGGUGUCGGGAACCCCCCAGGAUGCCAAGGUCUUCCCGCGCCAGGCUGGACUCUCCCGACCUGUGGUGAAGCUCACCGUGCGACGCAGCCACUUGUUUGAAGAUGGCCUCAUAUCGCUGAUGGCCAAGGACGCAGAUUGGCGUGCGCGAUUUCAGGUGGUUUUUGUGAAUUCCACGGGGCGACCGGAACAAGGACAAGACGCAGGUGGUCUUUUCAAGGAGUUCUGGGAGAAGUUGGCUGAGACCGCAUUCAACCCCGAGUAUGGCCUCUUUCGUGUCACCGAAGAGCGGCUGCUGUUUCCAAACCCAGAAGCUUGGAAAUACCACGAAAACGUCGAGACGCUUCUGGAAUUCCUGGGUCUUGUGAUCGGCAAAGCGAUCUUUGAGGGCAUUGUGGUCGAGCCUUGUUUUGCCACUUUCUUCUUGGCCAAACUUUUGGGAAAGCACAACUUCUACUACGAUCUGCAGUCCUUAGAUCCAGCCUUGUUUGCAAAUUUGCAGCAGCUCAAGAACUACAGUGGUGACGUGUCCGAUCUUUGCCUCAAUUUCGUGGUGACCAGCGAGGGCAAAGAAGUGCCGUUGCUGCCCAACGGACAAGAUGUGCCAGUGACGGCGGAGAACCGGGUCAGAUACAUCUACUUGUUAAGUGACUUCAAGUUGAACAAGGAGUUGCACCGCGCCUCCUCUGCGUUUCUGGCGGGCUUUCGACGUCUCAUUGAUGAGAAAUGGCUGCGCAUGCUGAGCGAAGGCGAGUUGCAACAGGUGAUCAGUGGCUCCACUGGAGGAACAUUGGAUGUGGACGAUUUGCAACGGCACACCGAAGUCUCCAACUGCAGCGGGCCUCGGGACCGCCUGGUGAAAGAUUUCUUCACCGCUCUCCGAGCCAUGGAACCUCAACAACAGGUAAAGGUGCUGCGCUUCGUGACGAGCUGCUCCCGUGCGCCCCUGCUGGGUUUCUCGCAUUUGCAGCCACCCUUCACCAUUUACAAGGUCCAUAUUCGGAACGAUUCCGAGAAGCUUCCCACAGCCUCCACUUGUUUCAACACCUUGAAGCUGCCAACCUACUCCUCGUGGAAGAUCAUGAAGCAGAAGCUGGAGUUUGUUAUUGUCCAGGACGCAGGCUUUGAGCUGGACUGA